AUGGAGGGCUUCAGUUCCAAGAUGAUGGCGAUGAAAGCCCAGAAAAAGAUUCUGAGUCACAUGGCCAGUAAGUCAAUGGUCCAAAUGUUCAUUGAUGACACUAGUAGUGAGGUUCUGGACGAGCUGUACCGGGUGUCUAAGGAGCACACGGGGAAUCGGGACGAGGCUCAGAAGGUGGUGAAGAACAUGAUUAAGGUGGUAGUGAAGGUCGGAGUUCUGUUUCGACACGGACGUUUCAGCUCCGAGGAGUUAGCAGUGGCACAGGACUUCAGGAAGAAGCUUCACCACGGAGCCAUGACUGUCAUCAGCUUUCACGAGGUGGAGUUCACAUUUGAUAAAGUGGUAAUGGUGGAUCUACUGGUGGAAUGUCGGGACCUUUUGCUCAAACUGGUGGAAAAACAUUUGACGCCCAAGACGCAUGACCAUAUUCGUCAUGUCUUCCACCACUAUGCCAACCCAGACCUGCUAACCCACCUAUACGACCCAAAGCGGUCACUCUGGCCAAAUCUGACCAAGAUCUGUGCUGGACUCAACAAAAUGAUUGAGGAGGGGAAGCUCUGA